AUGAACGCCCUCUCGGCUGAGGCAACUGCAACGUCAACCCCUGUUCAACCGGGCACACCAGCCAUGUUGGCCGCGGAUACAGACGACAAGUUUGCGCCACGUUCAGACUCAUUUCUCUCGGCGUCCAACACGAUUACCGAUUUGCAGCAGCUCGAGAUUGACAAGAAGACGUCUGACUCAGACCACGGGUCUAUCGACGGAGCUGAGAAGGGCAAGGAUGGCCCCGAGGUCGACCAGCGCACCCACAAGCCCAAUGCCCUGUCCUCGCUCCCGGCGGUCAAGAAGAGCCUCCUGCUCCUGUUCUUCUGUACUGCCAUGUUCAUUGACGUGGCAGGCGUGUCUGCCACUUUCCUCAUGACGGCACCUAUUGCUGAGGAUCUUAAAGUCUCGCAGGGCAACUUCGCCUGGGUCCUCGGCACAUACUCACUUGCGUUCGCGUCCACUCUCCUCUUUGCGGGUCGCCUGGCCGACCUCUACCCUCCCAAUCUCGUCUACACGGCCGGCUUCAGUGGACUCGGUAUCUUCUACCUCAUCAUAUCGUUCAUGAAGGAUCAGUACGCUUUCUUCAUUCUCCGUUCCAUUUCCGCCCUGCUUGCGGUCUUGACCAUCCCGUCCUCGAUCAACAUGAUCGUGCAAAUGUACCCCGAUCCUACCGAACAGGCCAAGAAGUUGACGCUCUUCGGCAUGGCUGGUGCACUCGCGAACACCAUGGGCCUGGUCCUUGCGGGCGUCUUUCUCCUCGCGUCCUGGCGCUGGUACUUCCGCUUCAUCGCCAUCGUUGUCAUUCCCUUCAGCUUCCUUUGCUGGUACAUUAUGCCGCGCACCGAGGCCGUGGCUGAAGACCUUCCCGGCACCGAGAAAUGGAAGCGCAUGGAUCUCGUUGGCGUCCUUGGUCUCAUGGCCAUCCUCGUCCUCUUCAUCCUCGCCUUCACGCAGGUCGAGACAAACGGCUGGAAUUCUGCCAUUUUCAUCGCACCGCUCGUCAUCUCCAUCUGUCUUCUCCCAGCAUGGCUCUACUGGGAGCACAGCCUGCCACAGGGCUUCAGCCUCCUUCCGCACGACAUCUGGACCUACCCCAACAUCUUCCCUCUCAUCAUCCAGGCGUCGUCAAUCUUCAUGUGGUUUGCGACCUACCAGCUCCGCCUUGCGACGUACUGGCAGGAGGUGGACCACGUCUCGCCGAUCCUCGCCGCCGCCCGCCUCCUACCGAUGGGUGUGGUCGCGCUCAUCGUUGGCUCCCUCACCCAGCCGUUCCCGUGGCUCAUUCUGAAGCCACGCUACGUCCAGCCAGUUGGCUCCGCCCUUGCCUUCUGCGGCUCGAUGCUUCUCGCCUUCUCCAACGGCGGCCGCGGCGCUGACUACUGGAAGUACGUCUUCACGGGCGAGAUCAUCGGCACUGCUGGCGGCAUGAUCGUCUUCAUCGGUACGAACACCAGCAUUAUCCAGUCCUUCCCCCUCGAGUUUGCCGGGGUUGGCGGCAGCUUCGCCCAAGUCAUCUACCAGAUUGGCGGCGUUGUUGGCAUCGCAGUCCAGCAGGGCCUCCUCGACACUGGACACGGCGGCGUCGCCGACUGGACCGGUUCCAAGAACGGCUACUUCUUUACCUCGGCGUACAUCCUGUGCACAGGCCUUAUCUUCGUUAUCUGGUACCGCCAGUCGAAGGCUAACAUCUCCACUGGCGUCGCUCCUGUGGCCUAA